AUGAUGGUCGACUGUGUUAAUACUGAUGAACCAAUUUCAAAUCGUCGAUCGAAACGAGCAUCUCGUUCAUCAAUAUUAAAGCCACAACCAAGUAUAGAACAACCCAAAGAAAUUGAAUCGUUAGUCGAGGAUAUUGAAGUUGAUGAAGAAGAUCCACCUGAAUUAUUUCAAUUAGGCGAUAUUCUUUGGGUUCAUAUAACUGGAAGUCCAUGGUGGCCUGCACUUAUCUAUGGUUCAUAUUAUGAAGAUAAUCUACAUACAAAAGUAGUUAAAACUGCUCAUCGACCUAAGAAACGCCUAUAUUUUGUUUAUUUUUUUGGUCCUGCUUUUGAAUAUACAUGGGCACAUCCUCAUCAUUUGAUGGCUUAUUCUGGUCUCGAUGAUUUCAUUCAACAAGCUGAAUCAUCUGUACAAAAUGCACCAAAGAAAUUUAUGCAAGAAAUGUUGGCAAAUCGAUUUCUACUUAAAGUAGCUGCAAAUAAACGUCCUCAUUGGGAUCAAGCAAUUCAAGAAGCUGAUGCAGCAUUAAAAUUAACACGACAACAACGCGUAGAAAAUUUUACUGAAUUGUUAAAAACUAUUCUUCAGAAAGCAGAAAAGAAUACUUCAUCGAAACGAAGACGUUCUUCUAUUACAACACGUGAAUCGAGAAAAACAUCAUCACCAACGUCAGAUAAAUCUUCGACUCGUUCAUCAGUAAAAAGACAAAAAACAAAGUCAACGCCUGUGUCAACAACAUUAUUGCACGUUGGUUUACCUACAUUAACUAAACGUGAAGAAAAACGCAUAGUAAACAAUCUUCUUGAACAUCCAAACCAUGAACAAUUAACACUUCGUGAAGCACAAUCUUUUGUUUGUCAAUUAGUUACUGAAAUAAUAAAAGAAAAUUCUCAUUAUAAUAUGUCAUGUGUACAAAUCGAAUGGUUCUAUGAUUUUCUUCUGAAUCACCCAGAAAUCGUUUCUAAAUAUUCGAAUUGGUUUAAUGAAGAUAUCAAGCAUGUACAAGACGAUACAAUUUAUUUGAAACAAUGCCAAUUAAAAAAUAUGAUUCAAAAUGAAAAGAAAUAA